AUGAACGACUACAUUAUGUUUCGGCUGCUUGUCGAUGAUUCUGGAAGACAUAAACAAAAACGAAACUCAUUGCAACCGCCAGUUGCAACCGGUGCGGUCGGGGCAACUGGAGUGGGCCAAGGGGCUGGUGGACCACGUGGAAGCUUCUUGAUCCCAAGGAAAUCUAUAACAGCUGAAAAUGGUACAAACCAUUCUGCUCUCCAAUGGUUCCCCAUGUUCCGAUCCGUGAACGACUGGCCAGAAGAGGCACAAGUGAGGCCCGUACACGAUUUUAUGCCACACUAUUCUCUUAGAGCUCCAGUCCCAGAUGGCGUGCGAAACAAAAGAAAAGUCAGAAAUGAAAUAGACAAAAAAAUAAAAUUGACGAGUUUUUGCAGGAUAUUCGGAAAAAAGAAGGACUCAGGCGCCUCGGGCAAAGUAUACAACAACGGAGAAUACUCGCAGAGUUGUGAUUUGAUCAACGGUCGUUCUCGUAAAUCUCCAUCCACUACCAAUGAUUCAGGACGGGGAAGUCAGGGACAUUUGGAGGAGAAAAUGGAGGCAAUGGUAAUCGAGGAACACCUGGAGAAUGGGUGUGGAUGUGAGGAGGAAGAAGAAGAGGAGAUUGAUGCACCGAUCCUCAGCAGCAAACGUUCUGAUCAUAGAAGACAUCGUACUAGCUCAUGUCCAGAUAUCGCUUCAUUGGGACUCAACCAUCCAACAUCUUCAUCGGUGACUUCAGGAGUUAAGAAGUGCCCAAUUGUCAUCGACACUGAAUCCGAAGAAGAUAAUUUCGAGAGAGUUAAAAGACCAUGCUCUCCAAUUUCCGCCGCUGAUUGUCUUGUCGAACGUCGUCUGAAUCGCAAGUUCAUCGAGCAACGUCGUCAACAAGUCGCCAUGAGUCAUAUCGAUGAAGUGUGUGAUUCGGUUAGCAGGAUUUCUACAAAUUCUAGAAGGACAGCCCAAACAGAAGAUCUUGCUGACUUCGAUGACAAUAUCUCCUCUGUCAUUUUGGAUCAUUUUCUGUCGACGACAGGU